AUGUCUGCCGAAACCGAGAACCGUCCGCACUCUCCCGACGCCGCUCCGUCGCAUGCCAUCGGCGCAAAGCCUGAGCCGGUCCGCGCUCUCUCGGCGGCUUCCACCACAUCCCGGGGAUCCAGCACCGAUGCCAACUCCCGAGACUCGCUGGGCAGCGAGCUGUCCUCUCGAAUGUCCAACUCGUCUCGCAUGUCCACCAUGUCGAUGCAGUCCGUGUCCGGGAGGUCGUCUUCCAGGACCCGACGCCGGGGCUUCAUGCGGCCUCAAGGCACCGACUUUGCGAAAAGUGCAAAGUCCCGCGAGAGCGUGAUGAACCUAGGCAGCAUUGCACACCUGCAAUACUACUUUGCCCGAACAGGCCUGCUUGAUGGCAAAGGCGGGCAACUAGCCCGUAAGAAGCAGCCACGAGCGACACUUGAUCUGGCAGUCUUGGAGGGCACAGCACCUAUGAUGGUACCGACACCCACGUCUGGGGGAUUCGACGUGGACCCCUCUUUUGUUUCCAUGGGCAGCAGCCCAGACUUCUCUGGACAAGGCUUCAUCACUGACAAUGUCAUGGAAUCUCCCACGGGACUGGGCGAGAUGGACGACUUUUCCGACGACUUCGAGGAGGACCCUGACGUUCUCCCACCCACAGUCAGCACAUACAACCACAGGCAAAAGGUCGUUCCCAAGCCUCCAACGGUAGCGGAGCUAAAGGCAGAGCUAGAGACGGCGCUGCGAGAUGCGCUCAAGGUCCUCAAGGAAGCAAAAGCCCAAAAAGCAGGGUCACUUCAUGCGGCUACCGAUGCGCCUCAGAUCAACAUGCCUGCAGAAAACACCCAGAGCUGGUACGAGCUACAAGGCAUGAAUAUCCUCGACUUCCUGACCCUGGCCAUCCGCGCCGCCAAGAACUUCUAUACAGCCCACGAACUGCCUGACCGGUUGGACUCGAUCAAGUCGGAAAAACAGAUCCGGACAGAUCUUUUGGGCGUAAUGGAGGUGCUGAAGCAGAUGGCCAUCAGAAACUUCAAGGACGGCAUGAAAAACGAAGAGAUUGACACCAUGAUUGCCUGGAUCAACAGUGUUUUUGACAUCCUCAAGAAGGAGGCGGCCAUCGAAGCAACGGAACAGGCCGAGCGACAGAGCUGGUCGUGGAUGACGGGCGACUGGACAGGCAAAGAGCUGGAGCGUGAACGACUAUUCCUUCUUUCCAUGGACCCCGACGACGAACCGCUGCCCGAGUGGACGCCGGCUUCCGGCGCCGCUGAACAACCGACACCGUUCCUAGAAGCCAUGCAAAACGGACUUAGACUUGUGAGGCUGCACAACGCCGCAGUCAAGAAAUCCAGGAGGCGAUUCGGAGCGAUCCCAACCUUCCACGUCGACACGCAGAAGCCAUACCGAAGCGCCGACAACCUCCGAUACUGGGCCAAGGCUGCCGAGCUGCGCUUCGAGUGCAAGAUCUCCAUCGACGCUCUGGGCAUUGUAUACAACAAUGGCCCCCAAGUCUGGCUAGAUUUUGAAGCGGCCAUCCUAAAGUGGUGCGCGCAUGUGAGGGAAGAAAUUACAAACGAGUUGGUCUAA